AUGUCUGACGGGCAUGGAGAGCCAAAUCAACAUAGAAAAGAAAGCGUAGCCACUGCUAAUGUACCUAGUGACAGCCCUGUGACCGAUCCUGGGCAUGCCAGGAGCAGUAAUAGUGAGGGUACGGCUGCGAAGUUUGAGGGUCAACGCGGAAAAUCCGGAGCAUUGAAGAAGUCUGCCAGAUACCGAAGCAGGUCUUUGUCGGCCUCAUCUGCCGAUUCCUACAGCUCUACAUCAUAUACUGGGUCAUCAUCAGAUGAGGAGGAGGGUGUACAACCCCACGAGAAAGCGAUAGCAAGCGGGCAAGCCAAUCCGCCGUACUGCGUGCGGAACGUGGAGCAACAUGCGUUUGGAAGGAGAGAGAUAGAGAUAGCAGAGCAGGAGAUGCCGGGCAUCAUGGCGCUGCGGGCCCGAGCCAAAGAUGACAAGCCGCUGAAGGAUGCCAAGAUAGUCGGGUGCACACACAUCAACGCACAGACAGCGGUGCUUAUAGAGACGCUAGCUGCGUUAGGCGCCACGGUCCGCUGGGCGGCGUGCAAUAUCUACAGCACUCAGAACGAGGUUGCAGCAGCCCUGGCACAUGCUGGUUUCGCAAUAUUCGCGUGGCGCGGCGAAAGCGAAGAGGCUUUCUGGUGGUGUAUAGACCAGUGUUGCACUCCGACGACGAACUGGCAGCCGAAUAUGAUCCUCGAUGAUGGGGGAGAUGCGACGCAUCUAAUGCUAAAGAAGCACCCGGCAGCCUUCAAGCAGAUCAAGGGCAUAGUGGAGGAAAGCGUAACCGGAGUCCACCGUCUGUACCAGUUGAGCAAGGCGGGGAAACUCUGUGUCCCCGCCAUGAACGUGAACGACUCCGUCACCAAGACCAAGUUUGACAACUUGUACUCGUGCCGGUUUUAUUGGGAACGCGCCAAUCCCUCAAGAGAUAAUCGACAGAAACGGUCAACCGGUAAUUGGCUCACCUCUGAUCAACAUAGCUGA